GAAAGGACCGAGAGAGUCUCACCCAUCAACACCCGAUCUCACCACCCCCGCCAUACCCCUCCUCUACCCCUCACCGAACGACGCUAUACGCAACAUCCAUCCCCCAAAAUGUCGAUCCCCAACGAAGCCCUGCAGAAGCUCCUGCAAGAAAUUGAAACUCGCGCGAUGGCAUCGCAGCAGCAGAUCGGAGUCACCAAGGCCCAGAUGACCGCCAAGCAGCGCGACAUCCGCAUGUUGCAGCUGACGUCGAAGGAACUUUCGGAACUGCCCUCCGCGACACCGGUGUACGAAGGUGUGGGCAAGAUGUUCGUCAAUGUCCCCAUCGACACGGUCAACAAGCGUCUUACCCGCGAGAGCUCCGAGGCUAGCACCGAGAUCACCAACCUGGAGAAGAAGCUGCACUAUCAUGAGACUACGUACAAGAACAGCCGGGAGAAUCUGGAGCAGAUUUUGAAGUCUGGGGGUCGCGCGUGAGGUG